AUGCAAGUCACCGACGAAGAAACUAGCCUCUUCGCCAUGCAGCUAGCCAGCUCCUCCGUUCUUCCUAUGGCUUUACAAUCAGCUUUAGAGCUCGACCUUCUCGAGAUCAUGUCCAAGAACAACGCUUCUCAUAUGUCUCCGGCUGAGAUCGCUUCCCAUCUUCCGACCACAAACCCGGAAGCUCCGGUUAUGCUCGACCGUAUCCUCCGGCUUCUUGCGGCUUACGCUAUCCUCACUUGCUCCGUCCGUACACUUCCCGUUGGUGACGGCGUGGAGCGGCUUUACGGGCUCGGUCCGGUUUGCAAAUACUUGACAAAGAACGAAGAUGGCGUCUCGAUUGCUGCUCUCUGUCUCAUGAACCAAGAUAAGGUCUUCAUUGAAAGCUGGUACCAUUUGAAAGAUGCAAUUCUUCUUGGUGGUAGUCCAUUUAACAAGGCUUAUGGCAUGAGCGUGUUAGAGUACCAAAAAACCGACACUAGAUUCAAAAAGGUCGUCAACGAUGGAAUGUCCAACCAUUCCACAAUCGCCAUGAAGAAGAUUCUCGAGACCUAUAAGGGUUUCGAUGGCUUGACUUCUCUAGUUGAUGUUGGUGGUGGCAAUGGUUCUACUCUCAAAAUGAUCAUCUCCAAGUACCCAAACCUUAAAUGCAUCAACUUUGAUCUCCCCCAUGUCAUCAAAGAUGCUCCUCCUCAUCCCGGUAUUGAGCAUGUUGGUGGAGAUAUGUUUGUAAGUGUCCCCAAAGGUGACGCCAUGAUCAUGAAGUGGAUAUGCCACGCUAGGAGCAAUGAACAAUGUAUUAAACUCUUGAAGAAUUGCUAUGAGGAGCUUCCAGAGAAUGGAAAAGUGAUAGUAGCUGAGUGUGUACUUCCAGAGACUAUAGACUCGAGCCUUAUGACCAAACAUGCAUUACAAGUAGAUUGUAUUAUGUUGGCUCAUAGUCGUGGAGGCAUAGAGCGAACUGAAAAAGAGUUCGAGGCAUUGGCUAAAGGGUCUGGCUUUCAUGGCAUCAAAGUUGUUUGCAAUGCUUUCGGUAUUCACAUCAUUGAGUUUCUCAAGAAGAUCUAA